AUGGAUAAUAUUCCUUUUACUAAUUAUGUUGUAAAUAAAUCAAAAAAAAAUAGUAUAUCAUCAUAUAAUAAUGCUAAUAAUUGUGCAGAUAUGGACAUAAACACAAAAUAUAAAUUAUAUAAAGACAGAUAUUAUGAGCCUCAAAGUUAUUUUAUAGAAAAAAAUAUGUUAAUAAAUAAUAAUUGUAUAACAGAAAAUACAAUGAAUAGUACUUAUGAUUCAAAUUUAAUAAAUAACGAAAAUGAUCAUUCUAAUAAUAAAUCGCCGAACUAUUGUGAGGUAAUGCCACAUAGUUAUGCAUGCACACAUGGUAAUUCGGAAAAUGAAAUUAAUGAAAACAGACACACUGAAAUCAAUCACAUAAUGGUAGAUAAACAUCGUAGAAAUAGUAUAGAUACAAAAUCAGAAAAUAGUGCAAGUAAUCUUAGUAUUGAUCAUAAUAAAAUAAAUACAGGAGUGGAAUUAUUAACAUCUGAUUAUGGACAAAUUGAUAUAAAACAUAUACAAAAAUUUGGAGAUUCAAAUAGAUGUAAUUCUAUGAAUUAUAAUAAUCAUAUAAGUCAAAUAAAACAAUAUAAUAAUAAUAAUAUUCCCAAUAAAAAUGAAAUAAUGGAUUUAAAAAAAAAUAUAGCAAAUAAUAAUAUGCAACAAUUAUUUAAUAAUCACGAUUAUCCAAAUUAUAGAAAAACCUUUUCUGCUGAUAGCUCAUAUAAUAAAAAAAAUUACAAUUUUUAUGAUAUAAAUAAUAAUCGAUUUUUUGUAAAUGAAAAUAAUAUGAAAAAUAAAUAUGAUACAUAUUAUAAUGAAUUAUAUUAUGAUGAACAAUUAAAAGAUGAUAAUACUAAUUUUGAAAAUAAAAAUAAUAUAAAUAUAAAUAAUAUGUCUAGACCAAAUGUUAAUAAUUCUUUUAUCGAUAUUUCAGGAAAUAAUGCAAUAAGACCUUCCAAAAAUUUAUCUCCAAAUAUUUCCCCAAGUAUUUCAACAAAUAUUUCCCCAAGUAUUUCAACAAAUAUUUCUCCAAAUAUAGAAACUAUAAAUAUUAAUUAUAUAAAUGAUAUAGAUAAAACAAAUAAUAUACCAUCAAAUUUUUUGAGAAAUUAUUAUUAUAAUAUGUAUGAAGAAGAAGAUUCAUGGGAUUAUCAAAUUCGUAGAAAUGCUUCAACACCAUCCCAACAACCUCUUAUGAAUAUAUCCCAUCAUUUUUAUAGUUCCAUGAAUAGUAGUAGCAAUAGUAGCAUCCAUAAUAAUAGUUAUGCGAAUAGUAAUGCAAAUAGUAAUAGUGUUAAUAUUUAUUCUGGAGAUUCAUCAAUUAUUGGACCACAUACUAAUAUUGAAAGCGAAACUGCAAGUAUCUAUUUAUCGGAUCACAAUAUGAUGUAUACUAAUCCUUUAUAUCUAAAUAUGAAUAAUUCGAUAACUAAUCCACAUGGAUAUCGAACUGAUAUGAAUUUAGAACAUGCUUAUAAUAACUCUGAAACACCUAAAGAAACAAAUGUUGAUGCACAAGAAAAUAAAAGAGGUGGUUUGGGUUCUAAUACACGAAGAGGAAAUAGAGGAAGAAGAGCCAGAGGUACUGGAAUAGAACGAACAGGUUCUAUAGCUGCUUCUACAAAAGAUGUUACAAAAACUACUAAUUCGAUAGGAAGGAUUCGGGGUAGAGGCAGAGGAUCUAUAAGAGCUAAUCAAACAGGAAGGACUAUAAGAUCGAGAGUUGGAAUAAGAUCUCAAAGAGGUGGUGGUAAAUCCGCAAAAAUUGAAAUAAAAAAUACAUUAGAUGAAAUAUCUAAAAAUGAAAAUUCAGAAGAAAUUUCUAUAAAUAAUUUAAAUGAUGUAAACAUGAAUAAUAGUAAUAAUUUCACAAAUGAAAAUAAUAAUUUAAAUAAAACAGAUACAGAUGAAAUAGCAGAUGCUACCCCAUAUAAUAAUGAAGAAGAUACAGUUAUUAUAGAUGCAUAUACAACUGUUAUUGAUUUAACUUCUAAUAGCAAUCAUACAAAUACAAUAGAAAAUAAAUGUGAUAAUUAUGAAAAUCAACAAUCCAAAAUUUAUUACUAUCAUUUCAGUUUCUAUAAUAUGUCAUUUAUAUAUGCUAAAGGGAAUACUCGAUUUUAUAACUUUAAUUCUAGUAUUAGAAAAAAUUAUAUAAAAUUUAAAAAUAAUUACUAUAAAAAAAAGAAAAUGUGGUGUAAAUAUAAUGCAAAAAGAAUAUAUGCAUAUUUGUUAAAAAAUAAUAAAAAACAAAGUACUAUUUUACACACAAAUAAUACUUUUGAAUAUAAUUAUAAUAAACAAAAUAAAAUGUCAUUAAAUAAUGAAAACGAUUCUAUAAAUAUUAAUAAAUCUAUUAAUGAUAUGCCUUUUUGUGAUAUUCAAAAUGGAGAUUUAGCAUUAGAAAUGGAUAAGAAAAAUCAAAAUCAACUUAUAUGUUCAACUCCAAAAAUUAAAAAUAAUAAAUUCACAAACAAAAUUAAUCAUUUAGGAUUUUACCUUAAACAUGGAACUUUAAAGGCUUACCGUUCUAGAAAAUAUAAUGAAUCGAAUACUAUUAAUGACAAUAAAGAAGUAAAUGUCAACUUUGAAAAUGAAAACAACUCUGAUGAUGCUUGUGUAUAUAGAUAUAGCUUUCAAAAAAAAAAUAAAAAAAAUAAAAAAAUAUAUAAUAUAUGUAAUGAAGGUAAGCAUUUUUGCAAAUACUUAAGUGAUGAUGAUAUUUCCUAUGAAAAUUAUUUUAAUUAUUUUUGUGAAAGUGCUACUUCUACUGCUACUAUAUCGACUUACUUCCUUUAUUUUAAAAUACUCAACAAAAAAAAAUUACGUCAAAAAGUCACAUCUAUGAACCCAAAAAAACAGUUUAACUACAACGGGUUCUUAAAUUCUUUUCACACAAAAAAUGAUCAAGUUAAUGAAGAGGAUAUCAAUGGUUAUGGAAAUAAAAACAUCACUGAUUUCCCAUUACAUAAAAAAAAAAAACAAGUUAAAAAUGCUGAUUCAGAAAAUGAAUUAAAUUCUGCUGAAACCCAUAUAUCAUAUAAGGAAAAUAAAUUAAAUAUUCUCGAUUAUGUAGAUGCAAAUGAUUCCAUUUUUUUUGAUGCGAAUCAUAUAUUUGUAACAUGCUGUGAAAAUUUAUUGAUAAAUAAAAAAAUUAAAACUCAUUAUCUAAAUUAUUUUGUAGAACGUUUAUUCAAUGUACAUGAUGAUAAUAAUAAUAAUGAUUCAGUUUAUUACAAUGUUCCUAAAAUAAAAAUAAAUAAAUGCAAUAAUGCUAAUAAUAUAAGUUCCUUAGAAGAAAAUACUAAAGAAAAUAUUUCAGAUCCUAAUGAAAUAAAUGAUGUUACAGUAAAAUCCGAAGAAUUGCCACAAAAUAAAAAAAGCGGUGGAUUUUUUUUUAAUACCAAUUUCUUUUUUUCAAAAAAAAAUGAAACAGAAAAAAAAGGAGGAAAAUUUUUAUCACUUUUAUUUAGUCGCAAAAAAACUGAUGAUAACUCUGUAGAAAAAAAUGAUAAAGUUGCAGAAAAAACUGAUGAUACUGCAGAAAAAGACGGUGUCGUAGAAAAAUAUGACGAUACUGCAGAAAAGGCUGAUGCUGUUGUAGAAGAACAUGGCGGUGUUGUAGGGGAAAAUGAUGAUGAUACAGGAAAAACUGGUGAUGUUGUAGGCAAAAAUGACGGCAUUGCAGAAAAAGCUGAUGAAGUUGUAGAAAAAAAUGAAACGCAAAAGUUUAUAGAUAAAGAAAUGACAGAACAAAUAGAAAAUAUACAAUACCACAAUUUCGAAAAAUAUGAAAAAAAUAGUAUAAAAGAAAAAACAGAAUUAAGCAAUAAUCGAAAAUCUCAUUUAUUGAAAAGUAUAUUACCUAAUAACGAAACUUUGAAUUAUCAAAAUAUGGAAAGAAAAUAUACAUAUGAAUAUAAUAAUAGAAAUGUUAAAUUAGAAAAAAUGAAUGAUAAAACAUACUCAUUAACAGAUAUAAAUAUUGAACGAGCAAAUGAAACAGCGCAUAUAGAUCAAGAUGAAAUGGGUGUAUAUGGAAAUAAUGGAUAUGAUUAUUUUAUUCCGAAUAAAAAUAUGAUUAUUCAUAAUGAUUCUCAUAUUCAUAAUUUUAACUAUAACAUGAACAAUAACAAUAAUUAUUACAAUUCUGUGAAUACACACAAUCAUAAUAAUUAUGAAUGUAAUAGUAGUUAUGAAAAUACAAAUUAUGGAACCAGUAAUUAUGGAAAUAUUAAUCAAUUUAAACGACAACAAAAAAUGCAAAUAGAUAAUAAACAAAUAGAUAAUAAACAAAUAGAUAAUAAACAAAUAGAUAAUAAACAAAUAGAUAAUGAGCAAAUAGAUAAUGAACAAAUAUAUAAUGAACAAAUAAAAAUAAGAAAAAGAAGAAAAAGAAGUAACUUUAAUAUAAAUAAUUCAGAAACAAUGAGGCCUGAUGAAGAUUCUGAACCCAAUAACUCAAAUAAUGUAAUGUAUAAACAUAUUAAAUCAUCUAAAAAUACAAAUGAUAUUUCUCAAUUGCAUUUUAAAGAAAUUAAAAAUAUGUUAAAAGAUUUAACAAUAUUACAAAGCGGUCCUAAUUGGAAAACAUAUAAAAUGGAUGGUUUACCAAAAGAUUUAUUUAAAAAUAUUCGACCAAUAAAUCAAAGAGUUACUGGGUUUAAAACUGUUUUAUUAGUAGAUGAUUUAUUUGAAAAAUUAUGGGAAUUUCCAAACACAGAUAUAAUUAAAGUACGAACUGUUACCAGAGGUGAUCAAUUCAUAGGUGAUAUAAGAAUUGAUUUCUAUUAUAAACAAAGCGAAAGGACUUUAUGCCGCGCUUGUGGUCGCCAUAUAUUGAAGCAAAAAUUUGCUACUGAACAUUAUCAAAGAAAUAUAUAUUGUUGGAAAGAAGUAAUGUGGAGAAUUGGAAUUCCCGAGUUGUAUUACUACAACACCAUUCGUAACGAAUCCUAUCCGCCCCGAAUCGAAAUGGAAAACAAUGAAAAACAAGCCAUGCUUGAAAAAACCUUGUUUAUGUAUAAUCAAGAUUUAAUUAAAAAAGCAACAAAUUUUGUGAACAAGGAAUUGAAAUAUUAUGAAGAUAAUGUAGUGAGCAAACAAAAAAAAUCCGAAAAAAAAAAAACCUUAGAAUUAGAUAUAUUAAUAUUAGAAAAUAAUAAUAUUAUAUUACCAACUAUAAAAAAUGAAAUAGAUGAACCUUAUUUUGAAAUAUCUGGUAUAUAUCCAAAUAAUGGAUUUCCAGAUGAAAAUACAUUAAAUAAUUUUUGUUAUAUUAAAAUAGCAUUUAAUAAAUUGGGAGGUAUGGUUUUAAGAGAUUUGUUUAUACUUGAAUGUGAAUUUUUAGUUGAUUGGGGGGAUAAUUUAUUAAUCCAAGCAAAAAAAUAUACACUUCAUGAAGCUUUUAAUAAUCCUAACUUAUAUGAUGUUAAUUUAAGAAAUUUAUAUGAUCAAGGUUUUGCAUAUUUAAGAUGUAAUAUACCCCCAAAAAAUAAUAAAAUAAUUAAUUUAAAAGUUAGAAUUCCCAAAACUGUUUGGCAUUAUUGGGAAGCUAUAGCAGACAAUUCAUUCAAAAUUAAUUACGAAUUUUUAGAUAAACAAAAUGCUCAUAAACAAUUAUUAUGUUAUUUAUAUAUGGAUAAUACAAAUAAAAAUGGAACCCCAACACUUGCACCUCCAUCUUCCCCAAUGCUACCCAAAGAAAGUGAAAAUCAUAAUAUUGAAAAAAACCAAAUAGCUAGUACUAUUGAUGUUACUGAAUAUAAUCGUUCUGACGAAAAAAAUACUGAAAUAACAAGUGUUGAUGAAAAUAUAAAAAAUUUAAAUAAACAGCAACAUCAACCCGUAAUAAAUAGCCAUUACAGUAUUGAUAAUAUGAUUCCAUCGAGUCUUUUAAAAAAAGAUGAUAUUAUAAAUGGAUCAGAAGCAGACACAUCUACAUCUGGAACAUCUAUGACAUUAACCCGUUCGGGAACUAUACAAUAUAUCAACAAUAAUCAAAAAAAUAAAUGUAUUACACAUAAUAAUGGGCCUAUUAGUGGGGGUGUUGGAAAUAUACAAAUUGAUUAUAUAAAUAAUAAAACGAUAACACAUAAUGAUUUUAAUGGAAUGAAAUCCGAAGGGGAAUAUUCUUAUUUUAAUAAAAAAAUUCCAUAUAACAAUUCUACAAAACCAUAUACAAAUUUUGAUAGCAAUAUGAUUACUGGUUUACCAUAUAAAAAUUUUUAA